UAUCCAACGGGCAACAGCAUAAAGAUGCGGACUCCCCCUCCACCGUUCUUCAACUUCGCCAGGGUUUAUAUAGCGGUUGGAUUGGGAGCGUUUGAUUUUCAGUUUGGUGUUGAUUUGAGGAAUUUGAAUAGAGAAGGCAAAUGGAAACUUCUCUGAGGUACGGAGGAGACGACAAAGCCCUGAGAAUCCAUGCUAAGCAGAAAAUACUUAUCGAUUCCAAAACCCACCUCCAGCUUCAUGGAGAGCUAGAUACAAAAAUUGGAGAAGCCACUUAUCUCUGUGCGAUGAUAGAACACUUCUAUCCAGAGGCUUCAGCAAACGUUGGUGUAGGGGUGAAAUAUGGUAAACGUGAGAAGCUCCAGUACAGUGUUCAUGGAAAAACAUCAUAUCCUGUUACUAGUGAUGGUUUGCUAAGAUUUGUCGUCAAAGGGCAGUGUGAUGUCAACAAAGAAUUCGGAGAGCGUAAAUCUAAAGUAGGUGCUGGGUUUACUUGGAGCAUAUUGAAUUUUCAGAAAGACCAAGAUCUAAGGCUUAAAAUUGGCUAUGAAGCAUUUGACAAGAGGAAGUCUAAAGGAGGUCCUGAGUUUACUUGGAGCAUAUUUAAUUUUCAGAAAGACCAAGAUGUCAGGCUUAAAAUUGGCUAUGAAGUAUUUGACAAGGUUCCAUAUAUGCAGAUAAGGGAAAAUAAUUGGACUCUCAAUGGCGACAUGAAUGGCAGAUGGAAUUUAAGAUACAAUCUCUAGAAACUUGAGCUUUAUAUAACCAUUUUUUAUGUGAAGUGUUUAAAAUUAAAACAUAUAUCAUGUUUAUUCCGAGUCCAAUACACAACUGUUUAACGGAUGCUGAUUAGGAAGACGGCAUAUUUUUCUAGAACCUCAAAUCAAGUGCUAAGUAGGCAGUGGUAUUAUGAUAUGUGGGCUGGUGUAAUGAUUGGAUGACUCUAUGACUACUGAGUUAAGUUUGUUAUUACAAGUACAGGAACAAAUGGUUUGAUGGCAAAAAA